AAGAAAAGUGUAAACAAACGCCUCGUGAAAAUUGUGUGCCCCAGCGUUGUGUACAGUUUUUCCCGUAUUUUUCUUGCUUUGCAGCCAACCAUUUCUCCGCCCCGUACAUUUUUCGAUUGCAGGAAGCUAAACCGCUUGACGUUCUUGCGUUGGAAUUGUGUGCUUCAAGAACGCCAAGCCGAUUUCUGAUUUCUGCAUCAAGAAAUAACAGCAUACUAGGCGAGGUGUUGCCCACGGGCAGAAACCCAGCCUUGCCCUUCCCGGUGAUGCGGCCGGGAGCAGUGGGUUUUGGAAAUCGAUCGUACGACCCGGAAUUUCGUCAUUCGCCACUCUGUUUUACCAGUCUCCCGAGUGUGUGUGUGUUCGGUUUUGUGUGUUGCUGCUAGUUUGCAAUUUCUAAUUUUCUACCACCGACCGAUGGGAGCGAUUCUCAAUUUUGAUGCACCGUUUUGUUACAAUUCACGCCGCAUAGAAACAAGAAAUUGAUUUCGUUCCUCAUUGGGUGGCCUGGUAGAAAAUGUAAAGCGUCGAGUAUGCGUAUAUCUAGAUGUUUUGUGCAUUGAGCAGUAUUCUUCUUUUGCUAUAAUUAUUACUGUAUUAGCGGUCGCGAGCCAGUUCUUGUAUCGUGUGGGGGACAAGGGAAACACGUGAUUGCGUUUACUGCUGUGCCGUGCCCGACCUGCAAUGGAUGCAACCGGAAGCGCACCUUCCGGCAGUGAGACGGAUGAACCGAGAGGCGACGGGUUGAACGUACCGUCCGGGUGUCCUAUGGCAAAGCGUAGAAAAAUCGAUACCAAUGCAGCAAGCGGGCAAGCAAUUGAAAGCGAUGAAGACAGCACAACCGAAGCUUCCGCGAAGGAGACCGGUCCGGUAAAUAACCUGAGGGAGUUUGACGUAUUGGAUGAAGUGCAGGGCGAUAACUCAGAUGAAGACUCGGACGCGGGUGGUGGAGAAAUCGAUGAUGGUAGCUCGGAAGGAUCGGACGUCAACUACGACGAUAUUGAAUCGAUGCUCGAUGAAGGAUUGCCGGAGGAGCUGAGAAACACCGCCAAGAAGCAGCCCUACGAAGAACGCUUCAAACAGGUGCUGGAAGAGAAGGGCCGCAACCACUUCGAAGUGCUUCCGGAAGGGUGGGUUCAGGCAACACACACGAGCGGGAUGCCUCUGUACCUGCACAAAGUAUCACGCGUUUGUACCGCGUCCAGGCCUUACUUUCUUGGACCGGGCAGUGUGAGAAAACACGAAAUACCUCUAAGUGCUAUACCCUGCCUCAACUAUCGCAAAGCACUCGAGAAGGAGGAGGAACUCAAAAAGGAACUCGCCGAAGCAUCCGCCGCAUCCGCUGAAAAUGGAACCGUGAACGGGGAAGCAACGAAUGACGCGGCCAGCGAAGCAGAUGCCACCACCAAAGAAGGGACAGAACCGGCACCGGAGCGUCAGCUGCACAACGCCCAGCUAAGCAAAAUGAUUGCGGGCGCAACGACAACCGCCGAAGCGCAAGCAAACGCCAAGCUGCUCCCACUGAAGGUGAGCGCCAAGAUUGAAACGGUAACGGAAAAUCUGAAAGCUCAAUCCCUCACACCGGACGCGGUGAUGGAUUACUGCAAGAAGCUGUUCCGCUUUAAAACGAUACGCGUGCUGCGCUUCAAAUCGUGGGCAGCGCGAAGAAAGUUCACCAAACAUCGAAAGCACAUCAAGAACUUGCAGCGUCCCACACUGCCCGACGGAACGAAGCUGAUCACCUUCCCGAUGCUGAACAUCGAGGACGAACAGGGCAACCCACACGCCCGGCCGAAGAAGGAAUGGAUCAUGAACCCGAACGGCAAGAGCUACGUUUGCAUCCUGCACGAGUACGUCCAGCACGCCCUGCGCAAGCAACCGACGUACGAGUUUAAGGAGCUGGAAAAUGCGGCCACACCCUACUCGGCGACCGUUACGAUAAACGACCUGAAGUACGGCACGGGCUACGGAACGAGCAAAAAGCAAGCGAAGAGCGAAGCUGCCCGAGAAACGCUCGAAAUUCUCAUCCCCGACAUGAAGGACAAGAUAACGGGCAAGGAUGGGAAGAGUGCCGCGAACGGUGCAAGCGGCUCGCAGCAGCAAUCGUCCGAUCUGCGCGAACUGUCCGUGUUCGAUGAGAUCAAAAUCGAAGACCCUCGCGUGGCAGAGUUCUGCGCCAAAACAACGGAACCAUCGCCACACGCCAUACUGCUUACCUGCUUGCAGCGCAACUUUGGCCUGGGCGAAGUGCACAUCAACUACGAAGUGAACACGAUGAAGCACCGCAAGAACGAGUUUACCAUGACGGUGGGCAAGCAUGUGGCGACGGUCGCGUGCAAGAACAAGCGCGACGGCAAGCAGCGCGCCUCGCAAGCCAUCCUGCAGAUACUGCAUCCGCACAUCAAGACCUGGGGCUCGCUGCUGCGACUGUACGGCAAUCGGUCGGUGAAGUCGUACAAGGAGAAAAAGCAGGAAGAGCAAGAGAUUACCGUGCUGCAGAGCAAGGCGGCCAUCAACCAGCCGAACUAUGCGAUUCUGGAGAAGCUGAAGCAGGAAAUGUCGAAGCUGGAGGAACGGCAGCGGAAUGUGCGCGUGAUCGGGAAGUUUGUGCCACCGUCGGACAUUGACUUACCGACCGGGGCUGGGGCGAAUCUGAAGAACGUCGAUCUAUAGGCAUAGGUGUAAUGAGAGCACAGUCGGGUUUGGAGACUACGUUUGGGGAGGGAAUAUUGAGCGUAGCUAGAAACUAGCCUUACGGAGAGCAGGCCGUUUCUAGCCUGACAACACUCAAAGCAAUCAUCACUUAGCUUCAUCAUUAGACGCCCGCAUAGGACAACCACAGCAACCUGCCACUGCUGGCUUCCUUGGUUUGGUUUAGUCCGUUAGUCCUCCGUACGGAUCUCUCACCUAUCUCAACUCAUACUUGUAGAGCAAAGCCAGGGGAAAAAUGUUGAGCAGCAUUCUAAAGGACUAAAUUGUACAUAAUUAUCGGCCCAAAAGUGAAGGGAAAUCCUAAAAUGUGCGUUCAAGCAUGUUACAUUCAGGUAUCACUGAUCUGCCAAGAAAGUAAGCCAUAAUAAGGUGUUUUGCAUCAAUUCCAUCAAA